CUUAUAGCCCGUGCGCCAGUCUGGUACAUACCACUGCAGUAGAUCGUCAUUUCGAGCAUGUCGGUGACGCGAACCCAUAAGAUUUUCCCCUACCGAAAAUCGCUCAACGCGCCUAAAGAAGUUUUCACUACAAAAAUAACAAGAAAAAACAACAAUGUGCAUAAACCACCGAUAGACGCUAUCGCUGGCGCGGGGGUGGUGUACGGGACAAAGUUCUUCUAGGGACAAAUCGUCCCUGCACGAUGGCACUACCCUAGAGGGCGCGGGCAGCGGCCCUAGGAAUAGUGGAAAGACGGAGAACGUUCCCGGGUAGAACGAUGAUGUAACUAAAGGGUUCCAUAUACAGUAUAUUCGACUACGAGUGAGUUUCCUUCGGGAAGGGGGUUGGUAGCUGGAAUGAUUCUGAACAACUUUUUCCUUUACCAAAAUCCACGUUAAGGUGUAAUUUUUAAAUUAUUAAUGAAAAACACCCGAGCAAGCAAUUUAAAAGCGCAAUUACUUUGCGCGUCGGUUCGUAGCCGACGCUACCAUGACUGAGCAUGCGCGUUGUGCGAGCUCUGAUUAUUCGUCAAUUCAAAAUUAAAAUUUUGAGAAUCCCUGCUGCCCCUGUAAGGCCAUUUUCCCUAAAUAAACAAUCUUGAAAUAGUGGUAUCCAGAGUUCUCUUUGUUUAAUCGAUAUACAAGUAGUUGAUAAAUGGCCAUAUUAGGUCUAAAAGGAAAAGAUGUAUCAAAAUAAGAGUCACGAAUCCUUGAAGCAUAAAGUAAAUGAGAAAAAUUUCAACGAACUAUCCAAGUUUGAAAGAACAGAAAAAGGUGAAGAAUCGUUAACCGUGCUCGAUGUUGCUUCCUCAACUGAUUUGAAGUUCAGAUGGUGUCGAAAACCUCAUCGAAAUUAUAACAAGGGUAGAGAUGAGGUACCUUUCUUCAAACCACAUAAAAAGUUACUCGAAAAGAUUGAUUACAAACCGGAAGUUCGAGAACCAUUAACCGGGUUUAGCGCUCAGCAAGAGAAAAUUAGGAAACAGGUAACCAAGCCUGAAAUGAAAGAAGAAAAGGUUUCGGAGAAGGAUAUCAUCGUACCGAAAUUCAAACCAGCAACAGCCAUCCUCGAGAGAAAAACAAAGGAUCUCGAUGCACCUCCGUUGGUCGAUCAAUUGGUGUUGAUUCAGCAACUAAGGGAUGAUCCUAAAAUUGGGUUUUACUACAUGGUUUAUGCGGUGGAGCAAUCAUCGAAAUAUUUUACUCCUUAUGCAUUAAAAGUCGUUCAUUAUAAAGACGUAGGCGAUACUUACAUGACUAUCAGCGCCAGUGGCGUAACUCAAUACAGUCCAGAUGAAAUGAGUUUCACUCCUAUUGAACAGUGGGAAAGAGAAUACAUGUUUUAUUUGAAAUUACUCAAAAUAAGAACAUUCAUCGUGUUUCAAAGGUGGAAAGCUUUCUACGUUUGGAAGAAAUCGAUUACGUAUAAAAAGUUUGUCGAAGCAAAAAGUUAUAUAAAAGAGAACCUCUUCACGUCCGAUCCGAUUCUUAGUAAAGCUCUUCUCGAAAUCAAAUCGAUGUGCUCGAUCUUUCUUGAUUCGAGUUUCUUCGACGAUAAUGUUAUCGAAAAGUUUUUGCUUUUUUAUUUUGUAGAAAAACAGUUCACUAAACUGGAAUCACUUAGAAAUAAAUUAGACGAAUUUAGAAGUUUAGCAUUAGAUAUUGUUAAUAACGCGUGUCUCGGUUCUCUGUUGCUAGCUGGUUACACACCCGAUGACUCUAAUAUAACGAUAGAACAAACUGCAUACGGAAAACUGGGCGAGUUCAGCGCUGUUAAAUUUAAAAUGCCAAAGGACGGUAUUCUCAAAAUGAGUUACAUCGAGCAGGCGCGAAAGAGAGAAAAAUGUUACCGGCUUUCGUGCUUUAUUCAUUUAAUCGAUUACAUGCAAACUAACAUGAUGCAUAAUCUUUUAUUAAAUACCUAUCAAGAAUUUGUAACGGCUUUGGAGAUUCACACGAACUGCUUACCAAAUUCUGAUUUAUUAAGUGACGACGUUAUUGAUGUUCCUUUAACAGAAAAUCGUUCCGCAACGGAUCGUAUUCAGUCACCAUACUUCGUGGUGGAUUUACUAAUUUUGCCAUCUUCGGAGAUCGUCAUAGACCCGUCCGAGAGUAUUUUCCGUUUCGUAAUAAAAACUAUAGAAAACAUGUGGGAGGAGAAUUUGUACGCUAUCAAACCUCUACUGUCCGAUCAAUUUUUCCAUUCCUUCACGAGGCCGAUGAUCAAUCAUAAGAUAGAGGAUCGUAUUUGUGGAAAUCCUCCGGAGAUGCAGAUAGUUCUUAAACAGGAUCCAUUCUUGAACUCUUUGAAAACUGAAUUGGAACAGAUUCUGGAUAUCAAUUUUGAUGCUGUGAAACAGUACAGUCAACGAUUCAAAGAAAUCCAGAAAUUCUAUCUCGAAGAUCUGACGUUUGACGAAAACGUUAUCCGAGACAAUCGAGACUGCAAAUUAUUCCGAGACUGGAGCAUUCGUUACAAGCAUGAGAUAGAUCUAAUCGGUAAAGUGAUCGAUUUUCAGCCAUUAGGUAUGUUCUUGAUUCAACUGGAAAGAUUCAAGAACGCCGCUGAAGUAGCCCCCAGAGGUAAAUUAGGAGUCAUCGAAGCUGUUAUGCCUGGAUUAGGAAGAAGCAGAGUUGAAACUUUAUUAACGACAACAAUGGAUGCUAUUAAUUAUCUGGAAUCUCAUCCAGUAACGACUGAAGAGUACGUGGAGUAUAUACAGUUCGUAGAUAAAGCUCAGCAAGACGUGGACGAGAUGGAAUCUCAACUAGAUUACGUGAAAGAGCUAUACGAUACAAUGGAAGAAUUUGAUUUUCCUAUACCAUCUAUGGACAUGGCAAACUAUUUGGGUAUUGGAACUCAUUUCACGAGCUUACGGUUAGCCGUAGAAAAUAAGUUAGAGGAGAGACCUAAAUUGAUCAAUAAAUUCAAUGCUCAGCUUCAUAAAGAUAUCACGGCGUUGAAUGAACAAAUAUCGGAAAUUCAUGAAGAAAUAAUGCAACCUUGGCUUUUGGAUUAUGAAAGCAAUGUAGACGCUUGUUUGAAUACAUUAAAAGAACUGGAUACACGAUUAAAAGUCUGUGCAACUACCGCAGAACAAUAUCGAGCGUAUCAAAAAACGUUUAAGCUCGAACAGACGAGAUUCGACAGUUUAGACCAAGUAAUGAACGAAUUAAGGUUACGGGUUUUGUUAUGGGAAAGCCUUACUUCGUGGGAGGAAGCUGUUUUUGAAUGGUAUGCAGGCGACUUUGACGCGUUGGACGUCGAACAAAUCACCUCGUUCACGAUGCAAACCAUGAAAAAUAUCAUUCAACUGGAGAGAGGCUUGCCGUCGAACAAUAUUCUACCAAAGUUGAAAGAGAACGUUGAACGGGUCAGAAACAAAUUACCGAUUCUUGGAUAUUUGAGAAAUCCAGACUUAAGGGAGAGACAUUGGAAAAAGAUCGAGGCUGUAUUGAACUAUAAGUUCAAACCGGACGAGAAGAAAACCUGGACUUUGUUUGAAAAUCUUGGCGCAUUCUUGAAACCCAAUGAACUGAUGGAAGUUGCUGCAGCAGCUAGUUCUGAAGCUAAUCUGGAGAACAUGUUGAACAAAGUCAUUAACACGUGGGAGACCCUGAAGUUUGUCGUGAUACCUUACAGAGAAGGGAAAGACGUUUUCAUCAUGGGCACCCUAGAAGAUGUUCAGACAGCAAUGGAUGAAAGCAACAUCAAUCUACAAACUAUCAUGGCAUCCCGUCACGUUGGUCCGAUUCAACCCGUGGUCGAACAAUGGGUCAAGAAAUUGGAUCUAUUUACAGUUACCCUAGAAGCAUGGCAAUAUUUACAACUAAACUGGCUGUAUUUAGAGGCGAUAUUCUCUGCUCCAGAUAUUCAGCGACAGCUUCCAAUGGAGGCAAAGUUGUUCAUCGAGGUUGAUAGAUUCUGGAAGGAUCUUAUGAGACGAACCUACAAGGCUCCUUUAGCUAUGCCGGUCGCUACUCAUCCAGGUUUGUUAGACUUGCUCGAAGAAAAUAACAAAAUGUUGGACGAAGUGUUGAAGUGUUUGGAAGCUUAUCUUGAGACCAAACGGGUAGCGUUUCCUCGAUUCUUCUUCUUGUCGAAUGAUGAACUUUUGGAAAUCUUGGCUCAGACGAAAAAUCCACACGCAGUGCAAAGACACUUGCAGAAAUGUUUCGACGCGAUAUUCAGACUGGAAUUUGCCACGAAAGAAGGUGAUAGUAACGCAGAACCAGAAACUGUCUUAACGACAGACAUUGUUGCGAUGAUUUCACCAGAGGGUGAGAGAGUUCCUCUUGGAAAAGGUCUAAGAGCCAGAGGUAACGUGGAACACUGGCUAGCUCGAGUCGAGGAAGCAAUGUUCUCCACUUUAAGAAGAAGAAUGAAAGAAGGAAUCAAAGACUUGGCAAUGAAAGGACGUGAAGAGUUUCUCUAUAUGCAUCCUUCUCAGAUAGUCCUCAGUGUGUCACAAAUAUUUUGGACUCGAAACAUCCAUCUCAUCCUGGAAUCAAGCGAGAACGUACACCAGAAGAUGAGAGGUUUCGAAGAAAAGUGUUACUCUGACUUAAGCGAAUUAGCAACAAUGGUAAGAGGAGAAUUGCCGAAAUUGAUUCGUGACGUUAUAAUUAAUUUAAUAACGGUAGAUGUACAUGCCAGAGAUAUAGUCACAACUCUGGUUGAAAACAGAGUAUCAUCCAGUACGAGUUUUGAUUGGAUGAAAGCAUUACGUUAUUACUGGGAGGAUGAAGUGGAUAAUUGCUUAACGCGUAUGAGUAACGCUGAAUAUUUGUACGGGUACGAAUAUCUCGGUGCUCAGAAGCGACUCGUUAUAACUCCUCUCACGGAUAAAUGUUAUCUUUGCCUUAUGGGAGCUCUUCAACAAGAUCUAGGUGGUGCUCCCGCUGGACCGGCAGGUACAGGAAAAACAGAAACUACAAAGGAUUUGGCAAAGGCAGUUGCUGUUCAAUGCGUGGUAUUUAACUGUUCCGAAGGACUUGAUUACAGAAUGAUGGGCAGAUUCUUUUCUGGACUAGCUACCUCUGGUGCCUGGUGUUGUUUCGAUGAAUUCAAUAGGAUAGAUAUCGAAGUGCUUUCUGUAAUAGCUCAGCAAUUAAUUACAAUUAGAAAUGCGAAACUUGCUAGAGCCGUCAAGUUCAUGUUCGAAGGAAGAAUGAUAAAAUUGGUGAUGUCCUGUGCGACUUUCAUCACUAUGAAUCCAGGAUACGCCGGUCGUACCGAGUUACCGGAUAAUUUAAAGGCGUUGUUCCGACCGUUCUCCAUGAUGGUUCCAGAUUACAAACUAAUUGCUGAAGUUACUUUGUAUUCGGAAGGAUUCGAAUCGUCGAAAACGUUAUCGCAAAAGAUGACUCUGAUGUACACACUCAGCAGUGAACAACUUUCACAACAGGAUCAUUACGAUUUUGGAAUGAGAGCUGUAAAGAGUGUACUAGUAAUGGCUGGCAGUCUCAAACGAAAUAAUCCUGAUAAACCAGAAGAUGCUGUUUUAAUUAGAGCUCUACGCGAGAGCAAUAUCCCAAAGUUUCUACACGAUGAUGCUGAAUUGUUCGAAGGUAUUGUGGGUGAUCUUUUCCCAGGCAUUCAAAUCCCCGAAGAGGACUAUGGUAUUCUAAGAGAAACUGCUAUCAAGGUGAUACAAGAAGCAAAUUUACAACCAGAAGAGUGCACUAUAACAAAAGCUAUUCAAUUACACGAGUGCUUGCAAGUAAGGCAUGGUGUAAUGUUGGUUGGACCAACUGGUUCAGGAAAGACCAGCGUUCUUCGAACUCUUGCCAAUACUUACAAUAGACUCCAUCAAAUGGGUGUACCUGGACCAUGUUAUCAGCAUGUCCACAUGUACGUGAUUAACCCAAAAGCAAUUACAAUUGGUGAAUUAUAUGGAGAAGUAGAUUUGAUGACCAACGAAUGGCGCGAUGGACUAAUUGGAUCCAAAGUCCGUCAUGCUUGUUCCUUCACCACAGAGGAUCAUCAAUGGAUUGUAUGCGAUGGUCCUGUCGACGCAAUAUGGAUAGAGAACAUGAACACCGUAUUGGAUGACAAUAAAAUGUUGUGUUUGGCAAAUUCGGAAAGAAUCAAAUUUACUCCGUAUAUGCGUAUGCUCUUUGAGGUGAUGGAUCUUGCUCAAGCAUCACCAGCCACAGUCAGUCGUUGUGGAAUGGUAUACGUGGAUCCUAUUCAAUUAAAGUGGAUGCCCUACGUGAAGUCGUGGGUGGUGACUCUUCCGGAAGACACCGUCAAAGCUGAAUACCAAACACAAAUUAUUGAUCUCUUUGAAACGUAUUUCGACGCGGGACUAGUGUUUUGCAGUAGAAAUUGCACCUACCCAAUCGCUCAGGUCGACAUUAGCAAAGCAACUAUGACUUGCUCGCUGAUAGAGUGCGUUUUAAAAGAACCAGAAGCGAUAGAGAGAACUACGGACAAAUCACGGAUUAAAAUGUUUUUAACUCAGGUGUUCGUUAUUGCUUACCUUUGGGCAGUCGGUGGAAACGUUGUCGAUUCGUCGCGAGAUGCAUUCGAAGUUUUCGUUAAAAAACAGUUUGAAGAGAACGAGGAUGCAUACUUACCGUCGACGGAUUUGUGGGAUUUAUACAUGAACGUUCAGGCCCAUCGACUAGACAUUUGGCAGGAUAUAAUGCCAGAAUUUCUUUACGACAGUGAUGUACCGUUUUUCGAUAUUCUUGUUCCAACAGUUGAUACAGUACGAUUUGGUUAUGUCAUGAAGAAACUAGUCGAAGCAAAUAAACCUGUAUUUUUUACUGGAGAUACUGGAGUUGGAAAAUCAGUAAUAACAAAAGUAGUUUUGAAAAGCUUAGAAGAGAGUCACGUUUGGGUGCCGAUCACGUUAAUUUUUUCAGCCCAAACGAGCAGUGGUCGAACGCAAGAGAUUUUGGAAUUAAAGUUAGAGAAAAGAAAGAGAACUGUUUUAGGGGCUCCCAUUGGAAAACGAGUCUGCGUGUUCGUUGACGAUGUCAAUAUGCCAAAAUUAGAUACCUACGGAUCUCAACCACCUAUAGAACUUCUCCGCCAAUUGUUAGACUUUCGUGGAAUGUAUGAUAGAGAAAAAUUAUUCUGGAAAGACGUGGAAGACGUUGUCUUUGCCGUGGCUUGUGCUCCUCCAGGAGGCGGUAGAAAUCCAUUAACUCCAAGAUUUGUCAGACACUUUGCAAUGCUACUGAUUCCACCACCUACCGAAAUCUCUCUUAAAGGAAUUUUCAAGGCAAUUAUAAACGGUUUCCUGGAAGAUUUUGUAGAUUCAGUUAAGCAAAUAGGAGACAAGAUAGUGAACGCAGCGGUCGACGUGUAUGAAAGAAUCGCAACUGAUCUUUUACCUACUCCAGAAAAGAGUCAUUACAUUUUUAAUUUGCGUGACUUGUCGAAAUGUAUUCAAGGUAUCAUGCAAGUGGACGCAACAGUUGUCAAACAACCCAAUGAGAUGUACAGACUUUUUUAUCACGAAUGUCUUCGAGUUUUUCACGAUCGAUUGAUCAACCUGCAAGAUAAGAGUUACUUUUAUAAACUUUUAAACAAUAUAUGCGCUGGUACGUUUGGUAUCGAGGUAGUGCGACUUCCGGAUGAAGAGAUCAUCGAGAAACCACCUUUACUGUUAUUCGGUGAUUUCAUGGCUUUUGGAGCAGCGAGGGAGCAACGAAUUUACGAGGAACUUACAGAGAUUCCAAUUGUCAAAAGAACUUUAGAGGAUUACUUGGAAGAUUAUUGCUUCUCCGUUGGAAAAGAGAUGCAAAUGAUAUUCUUCAUGGACGCCAUAGAGCACGUUUGCAGACUAGCAAGGAUUCUUCGAUCCGAACGAGGCAACGGAUUGUUGGUCGGUGUUGGUGGAAUGGGAAAGCAAAGUCUCACAAAAUUAGCGUCUCAUUUAAACGGCUAUAAGUGUUACCACAUCGAAGUAACUCGAACGUACGAUAAAAGUUCAUGGCACGAGGAUCUGCGACGUUUCUAUUUCGAUCCAGGCGCACAUGCUAAACACACGACAUUUUUAUUCACCGACACUCAAAUUGUACUGGAAGAAUUUUUGGAAGACAUCAAUAAUACUCUUAAUACUGGUGAAGUACCAAAUCUGUACGAAGCUGAUGAACUUGAAAAAGUUAUCAUAGCUACGAGGCCUGCAGCGAAAGAGGCAGGGAUUGGUGAAGCAAACAGAGAUGGAAUUUAUCAGUUUUUCAUUGGAAGAGUCAGAAAUCAGCUUCAUUUGAUGAUUUGUAUGAGUCCUAUAGGCGAUACAUUUAGACAUCGUUGCCGUAUGUUCCCAUCAUUGGUAAACUGUUGCACUAUUGAUUGGUUCACAAAAUGGCCAAGGGAAGCCCUGCUCUCAGUAGCAGAAAAUUCACUACAGAUCAUCGUACCAGAUGAUUCGAACAAACUUCUGGCCCUUAGUAACAUUUGCGUAUUAAUUCACGAGCAAGUGGAAGAGGUAACAGUCCGAUUUUUCCUGGAAAUGCGUCGAAGAUAUUACACCACGCCCAGUAGUUAUUUAGAACUCUUAAAACUAUUUCUAACCACAUUAACUAAGAAGAAGAAAAAAAUAGAAUCAUUGAAAAGUAAAAUCGCUAAUGGCCUAAACAAACUCCGCGAAACUAACGAAAUGGUCAGAGUAAUGAAAGAACAUUUAGUCGUCCUUGCCCCAAAAUUGAAGGCAAGUACAGACGAAGUAACAAAAUUGGUCAAAAUCCUCUCGAAACAGCAAGCCGAAGCUGACAAAGUGAAACACGUGGUAACAGCUGAAGAAGCGAUAGCAAAAGCGAAAGCCGAAGAAAUGGCCGUUUUAGAAGCUGACGCUAGACAAGACUUGGAAGCAGCAAUGCCGGCUUUGCUGGAAGCUCAACAUGCACUAGAGACUUUAAAUAAAAACGAUAUCAACGAGAUUCGUGUGUUCAAUCAACCACCCCAUUUAGUCCGUUUCGUUAUGGAAGCAGUCAAUUUAUUAUUGGGUGAAAAAACCGAUUGGGCAACUGCCAAAUUAGUCCUGAGCGACAUGCGCUUUCUUGAUCGUUUGAUCACGUACCCUAAGGAAGAGAUAAGCAACAAAUUGCUUACUAAAUUGCAAUACUACGUCACUCAUCCAGAAUUUCGACCAGACUUGGUGGCCAGACAAAGCAAAGCUUGCAAAUCGAUGUGCAUAUGGGUGAGAGCUAUCGAUGGAUACGCUAAGAUUUAUAGAGUGGUCGAACCAAAGCGUCAGAGGUUGCAAGCAGCUGAAGAAGAACUGCGAUCGAUCGAGGAAGAGGUGGCUUUGAAACAGAAAGAACUGGCUGAAGUGGAGGACAAGAUUAAACGAUUGCAAGUACAGUACGAUACAGCUGUGAAGAAUUUGCAGAAGCUCGAGUCCGAAAUGGAACUGGUAGAGGCAAGAUUAAACAGGUCAGGAAGACUUACAUCUGCGUUGGUAGACGAACGAAUUCGGUGGGAAGAAGCGACACGUGGAUUUGACAAGCAAAUGGUCAAUCUGACUGGUGAUAUAUUGGUUGCUGCUGGAGCACUCGCCUAUCUUGGUGCUUUCACAAACGAGUACAGAGAAGAAUUGGUACAAACAUGGUUGUCCAACUGCAAAAGCUACGAUAUAAAGACGACAGAAAAUUAUAAUCUUAUUACAAUAUUAGCUGAUCCCUAUGAGAUUCGUCUUUGGAAUACCUAUGGUUUACCGAGGGACAAAGUCAGCACGGAAAAUGCUAUCUUCGUAACGCAAGCAACGCGUUGGCCUCUGAUGAUUGAUCCCCAAGAACAAGCGAAUAGAUGGAUACGAAACAUGGAACAAAAUAACGAUUUAAAAAUGUGCAAAUUGACUGACGCUAAUUUUACAAGAAUAUUGGAAUCAUCUAUCAGACUUGGAAUGCCUGUACUACUUCAAGAAGUGGGAGAAACGUUGGAUCCAAAUCUGGAGCCCAUCUUACUUAAACAAAUUUUCAUGCUAGGCGGUAGAGCGUUAAUACGGUUUGGCGACACAGACGUCGAGUAUGAUAACAAUUUCAGACUAUACAUCACAACGAAACUCGCAAACCCUCAUUAUUUACCCGAAGUUUGUAUCAAAGUAACCGUAGUCAAUUUUACUGUGACCGUAGGUGGCCUCGAGGAACAAUUACUCGCAGACGUUGUGCGUCUCGAAAGACCAGAUCUUGAAGCAAUGAGAAACGAUUUGAUAAUGAAGAUCAACGCGGAUAAAGGCCAGUUACAGAACAUCGAGGACAAGAUACUAACAUUGUUAUACAGCUCAGGAGGUAAUAUUUUGGAUAACGAAGAUCUGAUAGAAACUUUAAACGACAGUAAGGAAACAUCCGAGAUCAUCGCGACAAGAUUGAUAGAAAGCGAGGCGACCGAAGAGAAGAUAUCAAUUGCACGUGAAAAAUAUCGGUCAGUCGCGAAUCGCGGAUCAGUUCUGUACUUUGUCGUAGCAAAUCUUGCGGAUAUAGAUCCGAUGUACCAGUUUUCAUUAAAAUAUUUCAAUCAGAUAUUCAAUACAGUAAUAGACAUGAGUGAAAAAGUAGAGAAUCUGCAACAACGUUUACAGAUAUUACUGAACGAAAUAACGUUAGCUAUUUAUACGAAUGUUUCGCGUGGUUUAUUCGAGAAACACAAAUUGGUGUUCAGUUUUAUGCUCAACAUUGCUGUACACAUCAAUGAAUUAAUCGUUUCCCAGGACCAGUGGAAUUUUAUGUUACGUGGUGCUACACAAAUCACCACGGAAGAAAUUCCGGAUUAUCCGACGUUAACUACUCAAAUGUGGUCUUGUGUAAAUUACCUGGCUAAUAACUUCCAAACUUUCAAAACCAUUUUAAACGAUGCAUUCAAGAAGAUUGAUUUAACUCUUGGAUAUUUUAAAACGGAGAUUAAUGUGAUUCCUACGAAUCGAAACGUAGCUGCAUAUAAUUGGGAUAAUGCGUUAAGUGAUAUUGAGAAAUUAAUGUUGUUGAAAGCUUUAAAAGAAGAGCAAUUGAUUUUUGCGGUCACGGCGUAUGUGUCGAAGAAUCUUGGACAGAAAUUCGUGGAAUCACCUAUGGCUUCGUUGCAACUUCUAUUUGCAGAUACAUCGAAUAAAAUACCACUGGUGUUCAUACUUACAACCGGAUCAGAUCCUUUCAGUGGCUUUCUAAGAUUUGCAAACGAGAUGGGUUUCUCUGACAAAUACGACUCGAUCUCUUUAGGACAAGGACAAGGUCCUGUUGCAGAAGGACAUCUACGAACAGGCCUGAUCGAGGGGAGAUGGGUAUUUUUACAAAAUUGUCACUUGGCCACCUCGUGGAUGAUCAAAAUGGAACAGCUUAUACUGCAAAUUGCCGAGGAACCAGAGGGUGUAAUUCACACUGAUUUUCGACUAUUUCUAAGUUCCAUGCCGAGCACAGCUUUCCCAGUGUCUGUGCUUCAGAAUUCGGUCAAAGUUACAAACGAGCCACCCAAAGGUCUGAAAGCCAAUAUCAAACGAGCGCUGUAUGAUUUAGACGAUCAAUUCUUUGAAGAACACCAUUUAAAAGAACACUGGCGCAAAAUUAUAUUUGGAGUUUGCUUCUUUCAUGCUAUCAUUCAGGAACGGAAAAAGUUUGGACCCUUAGGAUGGAAUAUUCUUUAUGAAUUUAACGAUAGCGAUAGAGAAUGUUGCUUGUUGAAUCUGAAAAUAUUUUGCUCGUACAAUCUGAUACCUUGGAAUGCAUUAAUAUACACUACAGGCGAAAUCACGUAUGGAGGUAGAGUGACGGAUAACUGGGAUUUAAGAUGUAUGAAGACUAUUCUAGAUAUGUUCUUUUCCCCCAAAAUCUUAAGCACCGAUUACGUUUAUUCACAGUCUGGAAAAUAUUACUGUCCUGUUUACAAAACUUUACAAGAAUAUAAAGAUUUUGUAGAAACCUUUCCGAUCAUCGAUGAUCCAGAGGUGUUUGGAAUGCACGAGAAUGCAAACGUUAUCUACCAGUUGAAAGAAGCACAAUUUAUUUUAAACACUAUGUUGGAAGUUCAACCACAAGAAUCCGCUGCUGAUCAGGGUAAAUCAAGUUCGGAUAUAGCAUACGAAAUUGCGGAUAUGAUCAAAACCAGAAUUCAAUUAAAAAUAGAUUCCACGAAAUGUAAUCCGAAUCAUUUAAUAAGAGAUUCGAUGGGAAGACUUCCAUCUUUGACUACUGUUCUCGUUCAUGAAGUGGACAGAUACAAUAUAUUACUAAAGAAAAUACACACAUCGUUAGAAAAUUUACAACGAGCUAUCAAGGGUUUUGUUGUAAUGUCUGAAGAAUUAGAAAAUGUCUUUGUGGCUUUUGUUAAUAAUCAGGUACCAAACAUGUGGCAUAAUGUAAAUGUUUAUCCAUCUCUGAAGAAACUAGGAAGUUGGAUAAAAAAUUUGGAACUCCGGAUCGAUUUCAUUCAAAUUUGGUUAAUCGAUACAAAACCUGUUUCUUUUUGGAUUUCGGGCUUGUCUUUUCCGCAAGGAUUUUUAACUGGUAUGAUGCAAACUUGUGCCAGAAAAUAUAACACUCCUAUUGAUCACCUGAAAUUAGACUUUAUUCCUACCAAAGUUGUACUUUAUCAAGAAGAUGUUGAAGAAAAGCACAAAGAAUUUGAGAAAGAGGUAAUAGAAGUAUAUAAAAAGUUAAAAGUUCCAAAAGAUGGUGUCUUAAUACAUGGACUAUUUAUUGAUGCUGGUAGAUGGGAUUUUGAAUCUAUGCUUUUGGUAGAUGCAAAUAUAGGUGAAAUGCAUCCAACACUUCCAGUUUUGCACAUAAAUCCAGUAUUAGAGCUACCAAAAAAUGAUCCAAGAUAUGUUUCUCCUCUAUAUAAAACUGCUGUAAGAGCAGGUGUAUUAUCUACAACAGGGCAUAGUACAAAUUUUGUUGUUGCAGUUUUACUUCCAUCUGCAAAACAACAGUCAUACUGGAUUUUAAAAGGAACAGCCCUUUUGAUUGAAAUCAUAGACUAG